ACAAGACACGAGUCACACGAGUGUUUCUUUCUUCUUGGGAUUUUGGCUAUUUCCAGAAAUCCAAGUCAAAAAUCUCCUCUCCUAGUCUCCGCUUCACUCUUCUCUCAUGGACGCUCUCAUUUCUCAGUUGCAGAGGCAAUUCCGUGACUACACCAUUUCUCUCUACCAACAGGAUUUUUUGGAUGAUCAGUUUACUGAGUUGAAAAAGCUUCAAGAUGAUGGAAGCCCUGAUUUUGUGGCUGAGGUGCUCUCUCUUUUCUUUGAAGAUUGUGUGAAACUUAUCAGUAACAUGGCUAGAGCUUUGGACCAGACCACGGGAGCUGUAGAUUUUAAUACGGUAGGCGCGAGUGUGCAUCAAUUGAAGGGUAGUAGCUCAAGUGUUGGUGCCAAGAGGGUCAAAGCGUUGUGUGUUAGCUUCAAGGACUUUUGUGAAGCUCAGAACUUCCAAGGGUGUGUGAGAUGUUUGCAGCAAGUGGAUAUCGAGUACAAGACGUUAAAGACAAAGCUUCAAGAUUUGUUCAAUCUUGAGAAACAAAUCAUUCAAGCUGGUGGUAUUGUUCCUCAAGUGGAUAUUAACUAAAGAGACUACCAAGUCCAGAAGAAGAAGAAGAAAAAAAAAAAGAUGAUGACUUCAAAUUUGGAUUCUUCAGUUUCUCUUUUAAAUUAUUUUGGACUUUGGUGUUUGCUCUCAUGUGUGCAAAAACAAGAGAAAAGUGAUCUGUUGUUGAUAAAUCAGUAGUGUGUAUUGUUCUUUUGAUCUCAUCCGAGAAUAUUUAACA